AUGUGUGUCGGAAAGUGCAGCCGGAUUGUGGGUCCCUGCCUGCUGGUGCUGGGCACGCUUUCUGUGGCAGCCAACAUCCUCCUGCUCUUUCCUGGUGGGGCUUCGAAGUACCUGGUGGAAGGGCACAUCAGCAAGGACGUCAAGGUCAUGCCAGGCAUCUGGGGAGGUGGCAUCACUGUGCUGCUGGCAGCGACCCAAAUCACAGCGAUGGGGUGGCGAUGUGCCGGAUGCUCUGACUGUGGCACUCGUGGCAACGCUUUCAUCUCUGCUGUGCUCUCUAAGCUGAUGCUCCUGGGUGCUGCCGCCUGCUUUGUCCUCUCUGGGGUGGGUUUGACCAAUGGACCCCUCUGCUUCUACAAUGCCUACGAGCAUGACAAUGGGAACAGGACCCUCUGGGGCUACCCCUUCCUGGAUGCUGGCAGCCAGGCACCUGACAUCAGGUGA